AGCAUAUCUGCACUGCGAGGACCGAAACUUCCACUACUAAUUUUGAAGCAUCUAACAGGAACAGGUAAGUUCACAGUUUAAGGGUAAGCUAAACUCCACCACGUUGUAAUUCUUUGACCGCCUUUUUAAACAAAUAGAAAAUUUUCCCUUUUUAAAUUUGUUGGCUUACACCUGUUACCCUCUAGCUAAUCGCUUUGUUACGCAUACGCGUCCUGAAAAGUUAAACCAUCCACCUUUUCCUCUAGUUUCCUUUUUAUUGACAAAACAAAACUAUGUAAGUAGCUAAGCAAUUUCAAGCGUAAACUAAACCUCAGGUAUUCCAUGUAAUGGUCAGUUUUAUCCAUUUUUUUAUAUGUCAUCAUGUAAUUACACAGGUCUGUAUUUCUUGUUUUUGUUGUUGUUGUUGUUGUUGUUGUUGUUGUUUUGUUUUGUUUUGUAUACGUUUCUCUACCGUGUAAUACAGCAUUACAUAAUUUAAAAAAAAAAGUACAUAGUCGAACUUCAAUUCAAUUAGACCGUCGCCCUCGGGAAACGAGGUCGUGGUGGACAAAAUACAGUGAUUUGCAUGAAAUUGUCCCUGACCCGAGCCUUGUCCUCACAUCUUUAUGUUUGAUCACGGGAGCGUUCUUUUAAAAAAAGAACAUGAACAAAAACAAGAAAGAAAAUGAUGUAUUAACUGCAAACAUGCACUGUAAGACGAUACAUGUACUUAGAUCAGACUGACAAGUUCUCAACUUAAUUCGACUUAUAAUUCCGUGUAAACAUAAAACGCCCUGCCGUCUGUUUAAAGAAUUGUCUUAGCCAGGAAGAAUUUUAUAUCUUACUACAAAUGAUACGUUCCACAUUUUUAGUUAGCUCGAAUCUUUCACAUUUUAAAAUCGAAAAACAAUGCGGCGAAGUUUUUGCAGUUACUGCCAUAACUAGAACCCUAACUCAAAUUUAAACAAAGUCAAACUGAAAUGAAUAAUUUCUGCUAGGAGAAAAGGACAUUAUAAAAACAAAAACAACUACAAUAAUAUAACUUGUGGAAUGUGUGUCAGUUAUGCCUGGAUUCUAGUUAAAUUAUAUUUCUAUGUCAUUACUGACAAUUUUAUUAUAAUUUUGUUUCCAAAUUAACGCUCUCAUAUCUGUUAUCUACCCUUCAACUUUACCUUGUCUACAAUUCUUGAUAAGUAUGCUCCUCUAGAUAGAUAUAGUUACACUAAUGGAUAAUGGUGCAAGUGUUGUCUUCUCUGCAAUUCAUAGACAUAUUUGUCAUACUGUAAAUAUUGUUAAUGUCAUUAAUUUUUUUUUUUAUACCUGCGCUUAUAUGUAAAUAUUUUUUUACCUUAAUUUAUAUUUGUUUAUUUUGUGUCCCCUAAUUAGCAUAGGUUUUUAACCUAAGCUAGGAGGCUUCUUUAGACACCUUAAUAAAGUUUCAUCAUCAUCAUCAUCAUCUUAAAUAUCAAGUCAAUAACAAUUGGUCCGUGUUCUAUGGUUUAGCGAGAGCAUUAAAGCUACAAAGUGCCAUAAACGGUCUGCCGAACAUACUUGGAGGCGUACUUCCUGCCGACUUCAAUUUAUUCAAAGUCAGUAGGAAUCGACUAAGUUUUCUGAUGAAAGAAUCCCGACAGGAGUUUCAUUUUAUCAGUGAAAACAGCGCCAAUCAGCAGAAGAUGUUCACAAUUAGUAAAAAGCUGUUGAACAUGCAAGAAGUUAAUGAUAUCUUGUUCCUUAAACUUUCAAACUCUUAACGACGGAAGAAUAAAUUUGUUUGUCUUAUUUUUUUCAGUUUGUCUUUAUACCAUGAAGUACUCUCUGCUCGCCCUGUUGGUACUUGUAAUUUCUUUGACUCAUGCAAAAUUAACUGGUAGGUACAUAAUUGAAAUUUCUCGAGGGACACUUUCAUGUUAGAGGGGAGUAGGUGCCCCUAUGAGUGUGGGCGUGGACCAAGUUUUUCUUACCUAUCUAAGAUACCAUUCUCAUACAGACAGUUAAACAGGAGCUAUAAUAAAUUUAAUACGAUAAAAAUUGUCCACUUAUGCUUCUUUAUUUCUACAAGCACAAUCUUACCUGAUAGCUAUCGACGUAAUAUUUUGUCUUUCCAUCCUCAACACCCAAAGAGAUAUACCAACUUUACACACAGAAAUGAGAACAAGGGGCGUGGCUACCCGUACGCACGGUACGCACGCGCAUUCCUGAAAAAGUCGAAGGUAAAAAAUAAAAAACGAUAAUAAUAUAGAAAAGAAAAUAUGUAAAAGAUGAUUAUGAAAAAAACACAGUGUCACUCAAUUUAUUCAUUCUCAAUCGUAAACAACGCCCAGAUAGCAAGCUUGCGUGGUAUAAAGUGUGAAAUCGUUGUUUUCACUUCGGCCUGUCUUCGCAGAGGACUUAACACGGCAAAAUUAAGCAAACGUCAAAUACAGGCGUUCAUAUACAACGUGGUAAGCAGAAGUAAUUAAAAGUAAAUAGAAGUCUGAGAUACUAGCUUGUAAGCUUAAUCAAUAAUGAAUGAUUUAGGUUUUUCAGUCGAUGAUCCAAAAAAAGGCGCAAUAAUUUUACAACUUACGUCCUUCCAUCACUUCAUAUACAGUAAAAAACGCUUAGGCUUAAAACGAAACCCCACCUUUAAUCAAGGAACCAGAAAAAUAUUUGGGGCUUUAAGGAGUUUGGGGGAGGGGUUUUGGAAAUUUGUGGGUACCUCUGGAAAAAUCCUGGCUACGCCCCUGAAAAACCGUGCCUGCUCGCUCCACCCCCACCCCCCCGGGGGGCUCCGCCCCGAGGUCCAACCCUUUACCCUUUUAUAUACCAUAUUUGACAGAAAAGAGACCCCUUUCGUAUACCUUUCAUUGACAAUGGCACUCAUUUUACUGACAUAGUUUAUAACUUUGUAUCUAGCCUGUUCCAGGCGUUCAGAUAGUGGGGAGCGGUGUGAAGUAAAAGGGAGCGCGAAAAAAUAAAAGCGAGGGAGGAGGAGAGGUUGGAGAGGGAACCCCCACCUCUCUCCCCAGUCCCCCUCUACUUUUCAUCGCUUUCUUUACUUCGCACCGCUCUCCACUAUCUGAACACUUGGAACAGGAUACUUUGUGUCCCUCUUAACUGCUAUAAAUGUGCUGCCUUUUAAAUAUGAAAAAAUCACAAAACCAGACAAUUUUCUCGACUUUUUCACAUCCGUACAAUCCUUCUGUAGCCCUUGUAGGUCAUAGUAGAGCCGGAAUGAAAUGACAGAUUUCCCUUCCCUUUCGUAUGUCUGAGACCUGACAAAGGUACCCCCCUCGGGCAGAGAAUUCCAGUAUAGGCCAUUAUAGGGCGUACCCUUUGGAGCUGCCCCGACACCCCCUCCCCCCCACCCCACCCAACCAACACCCCAACACCCCUCAUAAAUCCAUAUCACAGACGACAUCGCUCGACCCACAUACCACUAUACAAUAUAAUAUUUAUAACAUAUAUAUUUUUACACCCUUUCAAUCCCUCUGUGGCCCUUGUAGGUCAUAGGAGAGCCGGAAUAAAAUGACAAAUUUCCCUUCCCCUUUGUAUGUCUGAGACCCGACAAAGGUCCCCCCCCCGGGCAGAGAAUUCCAGUAAAGGCCAUUAUAGGGCGUACCCUUUGGAGCUGCCCCCCCCCCCCCCCCCCCUCCUUCCAAAAAAUUUUAUAUAUGAACUUUGAAUGAAUUACUUGGGCAAGUGGUAAGGUUACUAACAAAGCAACUCUUUUUUAUUUUGUAUUCGUAACAGUUUAAGAUGGCAUCAGUUAAUAUGGUACUAUAUUCUUCUAACUUCAGAGUACGAUAUUAAAACCGGUACUUCAGAUAUUGUUGGAGCUGACAGUAACGCCAAUAUUUGGAUCAUAAUACGUGGCGUGAAGGGCGUCACUAGGAAAAUACUCUUGGAUAACCCUGAGAAAGAUGACUUUCAACAAGGAAGGUAAGUCUCGCACGUUAUUGUGACCUUUAACUCACAAUGAUCAUAUAUUCGGGUAAUAAAGGCAUGAUAUAAUUCACCACUUUCGAAACGAGGAGGAAACUCGAAUAAGUAAAUUUUCAAAAAGACUUGAAGGGCUGUUACAGGGAACAGGGAUAGCUGACAGGCGCGUGCCCAGCAGAACAAUCACUGAUAGAAUUGCGAAACACAUUUCGACUCCCUUCCCCUUCUCGUUUCAAAGUGGUAUAAUUUCAAAACCAAAGAUCACUAAAGUGGAGAGUCACAUAUCGGAUAGGUGUUCAUAAUGCACUUGGUAGCUUUUCGUGUUGGCACGAAAAGCUAUAGUGUAGGGUAAGUACAGAAGACAAUUUUUCCUCUAGGCUGAUCGAUCAUAAACUGUCCUAUACAAGAACAGGGUUGCCUAAAAGCAAAAAAAACAAACGCUAUAUCUCUUAAAAUUUGCAAACCAAUACCCACAGUAUUUAUUACAAUCUCCUUUAUGAAUAGGAUGAGAGAGAAAUAAUGAGAAAAGAUCGCAUAUUUUCUUAUCUAAUAUGAAUCAUUGACUUAAUUUCAGAUACGCACGUGCGUGCAGACACACCCUGAAUUUUCUUUAACCCUUUAAGCACCAAUAUCCACAUAUAAAUUCUCCAUACUGAUCUUCAUACUUUUCCUUCUAAAAUUUAAUUAAGAGAGUUUGUUAACAGAUCAAAGCAUUUUCUCUUUAGUGAUCAUUUUAUUGCCUCUCAUAAUCAUUUCUCUUAGUAACAUAUGGAUAUUGUCAGGAGAAAAUUGAUGUUGGUCACUGUUGAGACUUAAAGGCCUAGGGUUAACUGCUUAGUUGAUCAUACCAAAGUUUUGUUUUUCCCGAUCCCACCGAAGAAGCACCACAGUUUAAUCUAACCACAAUUUCUUCUUUGACUGAUUCGUUCAUUAAUUGAACUGAAGUCUACUGAGCAAUUUUUCUCAAGAGGCCAGAAUCAAUGCAGAUUUAGAGGGACAGAAGACGCUCUUGCGUAGUAAAAGAGUUCAACUUCCACGGGAUUGGCCCUGUACACUAACAUGGCCGCUAUUUCAUUGUUUCGAAAAACCAAUAUGGUCGCUGUAACUUCGUCUUUAAACGCUGUCCAGACUAGUUUUCAUAUGAUCAUCUCGCAACUUUUCAAUUGUCGUUCCGUUCCGUGAUGGAUGGAAAUUGUUCCGUUCCGUGAUGGAAACGAAUACGAAGAUUUGAUGGAAACUUAGUCGGAAAUGUCUGCCGUCUCCACCCCCUACCCCGCGGGGGCGCGGGAAUAGAGACAGGGGGGGAGGGGACUGUGGACGGCCGACAUUUCAGACAGGGAAGCCAGGCUAAUAAUAACCUUACGAUAUCUUGGUUUAAAUUGAUAAAUUUGUAAAUUUCAAUUCUUUUCAAAUUUCCCUGUAGUGUAGACGACUUUAAAGUCUAUGCCGAAGAUGUUGGAACAGUGCUCGGAUUUGAAGUUAUGCGUGAUGACACGGUAUCUAAUGGCGUGUCUGCUGCAUGGGGCUUUGAUUCCGUAAGUGAUUACAUUCAAACCAUGGUCACCCUUGGGAAAUGGCCAACUGAUACUGAUUGACAUGUUUAAUGCAGGUUCCGGGGGGUGCGUGUUCUUGAAACGUGCCGUCCGUUACAAAUUAAGCCGAGUAGCUCUGGGGACGAGAAUGCGUGUAUCUCGGAUAACAACAAAACAACUGCGCGUGCUUACGAUCGUACAUGCGAAAAAUGAUUCUGGAUAUUUUUUUCUCUAUAUAUAAAAUGAUACUGUGUUUUCUCGCUGACGCUCACCUGCAAUGAAGUACAGUUUAAAAAUUAAGCUUCUAAAGUUGGUUAGUUACACGUAUUCACUUAUAGUCUGCUUUGUUCCAGAUUGGUGUGAAGCCCGCGUGGGACGACAAGUAUUUAACGUUUUAUUAUAACAAUUAUUUACCGGCUUAUACGUGGAUCGAGUUCCCCAGUAAGUAAUUAAGUAUGAAAAAAGUUGUUCAGCCAAAAGUUCGAAAAAGCCACCAGUACCCAACUCAAGCUUAUUAUUCAACUGAUUAAUUCCUUUGACUUGUUAAAAGUCAAACUGAGCAGCCCUCUUCGAGAUGCCAAAAAGAAAAAGAAAAAUUCAAGAUUACUUUUUCCCAAAAAGUUAUAGUCUCCUACAAAAUCGUUUUUGACGAGACAAAACGGCUGCGAAGUAGGCUAAAUACGUUAUGACGCCAGCAGUAGGGCGCACUUACAAAGAUUUUUUUUCCAUAUGAAGUAUUUUAAUUGGCUGCCAAGAAAACCACCUUAAAUUCCUAUUAAAGUGGAUUGUUUGUUGUCUUCCAUUUCUCCGUAACAUCGUUCAGAAAGAGGCUUGAAGCAACUGGCGGGCAUCUUGGUUCCAAAUAAGAGCGUAAUUUUGGGAAGAGGAUCAAUCGCAACUCCUUUAACGUAAUUAAAAUUAUCAUAGCUCUUUUUGCCUACCUGUCCUAGCAAGGUAUCUUUUUAGCCGGGUAUUACCCAGGCGAAUACUGUCGAGGUAAACUUAUCACAGAAUAAUUUCUUUUCAGGAGCAACAUGCUUGGGAACAAAUGAAGCUUGCCAUAAUGAAGCGGCUGCCUGCCCAGCGGGUACAAAGAAGAAUCUUAGGAAG